AUUAUGCAAAGGCUGAGAUUCUCGCAGAUGUGCUGCGACAAAAACUGCCUGAUUUUCACAUUCACAAGAUUUGUGUGCAUCCCAGUGAAUGGAAGGUAAAUAUAUGUUUUAGCUUUAGGACCUCCUUGCAUUCUCUUGUCCCCCUGAAGUAAAGUUGUCUGUGCAUUGCACAUUUAUUUAUUGUUUUACUGUAGGUUUGGCUGGAGGACACCUGUGCAUUUAAUGGCUGGAAGCAUUCAAGUUCUCCUAUAGUGUGGAGGGAGUUGGUGGAUCGUGGUGGGAAAAGCAUGCUACUUGGGGGCUUCAACGAUUUUCUUGAGCAUGCAGAGGUUUGCAUAUGGCAUAGUGUGCCAAAAUAUGAGAAAACCUUGGAUAGAUGAGAAAACUUGGUUAUUUUAGAAAAAUGUUUGUUUGUUUGCAGUGUAAACUAUUCAUAAAUAAUCCUGUUUGAAUCAAAUAAGAUCCUUCUGUAUAGUUUUCAGAAUUUCAGUUUAAUUCUUUAAAAAUGUAAUAUAACCAAUAAGGUGUAAGAAGUUAAUUCAGGGCAACAACAUCCACUCACAUCUCAUUUCUUUUCAGGUCACCAUGAAGUUUUAAAAAGGUCCAAGGUUAAUGACUAUACAGUAUCUAUAUAUGUGACGAUUAUAUCGCUGUCCUCUUCUGCAGGGUUACUAUGGUAUUACCUCAGAUAUGACCACUGAUCUGAUGUUAAAAAUCGCAGAAGAAAAUCUUCAGACAAAAGAAUGGUGCAUGCAGGAGGAAAUUCAAAGACAAAACGUACUCACACCAUUGCACGUAUGGAUCAGCAGUGCGUUGCAUCCCGUCUGCUCCAUCCUCAUUCCUCAAUUGUUCACCCCAGAGCUUUUCCCAAAUGCUCACACCAUCAGUCUUCACCUCCUGGAUGUUGGCAGCUCGGAGGAAUCCUUACACGGGCUUAAAAUGGAGGUAGAAGACCUUGCCCUACCUCACCUCCACGAGGUCACUGUCCAUUCAGACCUAACCCUGGCCUUUCAAGAAGCCCACUUUAUCAUUUUUCUGGAUGACUUGCUCACAAAAUGUGAAAGUAAUGAUGAGCAGGAUGACAAGGACCACACGGUGAGCCGGGUAGCAGAGCGUUUUAGUUGCUACGGGCAACUCAUCGAGGCAAAUGCACGGAAAGACGCCAGAGUGCUCGUGGCCGGAGAGGACUUUAUCAAUUUGAAGUGCAUGCUGCUGGUCGAGAACGCGCCUUCUGUCGACCCGCACAACUUUGUGGCGAUGACAACCCAACUGGAGAAUGAAGCAAAAGCUCAGCUUGCACAGAAGUUAUCAGUCAAGACCACAGACAUCACUAACAUCAUCAUAUGGGGCAAUGUAAGCGGCAGUUACCACAUUGACCUGCAGAAGGCGAUGGUUUACAGAUAUGAUGGUGCUGUUUGGGGACCAGAUAGUUUUUCUCAGCCAGUCCUGGAGAUGAUUUAUGAUUGGAAAUGGCUGGAGAAAGAUUUUAUGAGAUUAGUACAUGAACGUCGUGCAACAAUUUCAUCAAAGACCAACAAAGCCACAGCCCUGUCAACAACCAAUGGGAUAGUAGCAGUUUUAAGAGCCUGGAACAACGAUACGUUACCGGGGGAAGUCUUUUCAUUGGGUGUACAUAGUAGAGGACAGUUUGGAUUUCCAGAAGGUUUGGUCUUCUCAAUGCCCAUGAGUUGCAGGGAUGGUCGAUGGUCAGUCCAGUUAGAUGUUUCUGUUACAGAUGACUUAAAGAUGAAGCUUGAGGCUUGCAUUGAUGAACUUAAAAUGGUGCGUAUGAAAGAUUUAUUAAUAAAAUGUUACAUGGCAGAUGGAUUUGUGCGCUAUGAUAUCAUAAAAUUAUAUUAAUUUGUGUAUUUACAUUUCCUGUAGGAGAGAUACAUUGCAGCUAUCGGAUACUGAAGGAACCACCCUGAUGAUUACGAAGGAUUUUAACAAUGUAUUCAGUUUUUUGGAUAAUUUCCUACAAUGUAACUAUAUGAAGUUCGCUGGAUACAAUACCAUAUGUUGUACCACUGUACAGUUAAACCUCAGAGUACUUAGAUAAUUACAGUAUAUACUAAACUAUAUUAUACUCAAAUUAUUCUGUAUAAAAAACAAAUAUCCUGUUUGUUUCAGGUUU